AUAUUCUUCACUCUCUUUAUCAGAUUGAUCAAUUGUGUAAGUAUAAAGAGUUUCGUUAUUCGAUUCUGACUUUAAAUUUAAGUUUAAGUUUAGUUGCACUGUUACGGUAAAGAAAGCUAGGAAUUUCAGUAGCUUCUAGACGCAGUGAAGCAAUGCCGUACGGCGCCGUCGUCGGCGGAUUCCGGCUCCGGUGGGACGUGUUCCUGAGCUUCAGAGGCGAAGACACGCGCCACACCAUCACCAACAGCCUCUACGACGCGCUCGUGCAACGCGGCGUGCGCGUCUUCCGCGACGACGACGCCCUGAGCCGCGGCGACGAGAUCGCCGCGAGUCUUCUGGAGGCGAUCGACGACUCGGCGGCGGCCGUCAUCGUGCUGUCUCCGAGGUACGCCGACUCGAGGUGGUGCCUUGAGGAGCUCGCGAAGAUCUGCGACGGCGGCCGGAGGCUGAUUCUGCCGGUGUUUUACCAGGUGGACCCCUCCGACGUGCGGCGGCAGAGCGGACCGUUUGAGGAGGACUUCAGAUCUCAUGAGAGGAGAUUUGAAAGCUCCAAGGUCUGUAAAUGGAGGAACGCCAUGGCCAAAGUUGGUGGCAUAGCUGGCUUUGUUUACCACAGCAGCAAAGAAGCAGAGUUGAUUCAAUCUGUAGUCAAAACGGUUCUGGCUGAAAUAAAGAGAACACCGGUGGGUCUUGCAGCGUACACAGUGGGUCUUGAUUCCAGAAUUGAGGACCUGGUGAGGUUGUUGGAUGUUAGAUCAAGUGACGUACGAGUCGUGGUAGUUCAUGGCAUGGGUGGUGUUGGCAAGACAACACUUGCCAAGGCUGUUUUUAAUAGACUUGUUGGUCAUUUUGAGGGACACAGUUUCAUCUCAAAUGUUAGAGAAGCCUCUGCAGGACCUGGGGGGUUGGUAUCUCUUCAAAACAAACUUAUCGGCAAUCUUUCCUCGGGUAUGGUGCCUGUGAAUGACCUUGAGACUGGUAUUUCUGCGAUUAAGGCACUUGUAUAUGACAAGCGAGUUCUUGUUGUUCUGGAUGAUGUUGAUAAUGUAAACCAACUAAGUGCUUUGGUUGGCAGAGGACAAUGGUUCAAUGAAGGAAGCCGAAUUAUCAUUACUACACGAGAUAAAGGACAAUUGCCCAGUUAUCUUGUGAAUUACAAGAUGUAUGAGGUCAGGGAGUUGGAUGUGUCCCAGGCACUACAACUGUUUAGUUACUAUGCACUGCGAAGAGAUAAACCCACAGAUAAUUUCUUGAAUCUCUCUGAGAAAAUUGUGUCGCUUACAGGAGGCCUACCGUUAGCUCUUGAAGUAUUUGGUUCUUUUCUAUUUGAUAAGAGGAGAAUAGAGGAAUGGGCCGAUGCUCUGCACAAACUCCAAAACAUUCGACCACAACAUCUUCAGGAUGUCUUGAAGAUAAGUUAUGAUGCACUAGACGAGCAAGAGAAAUGUAUCUUCUUAGACAUUGCAUGCUUAUUUGUAAAAAUGAAUCCCAAGAGAGAAGAAGCAAUUGACAUACUGAGGAGCUGUGGUUUUGAUGGUGAGAUAGCAAUUGCUGACCUCACUGCAAAAUCACUCAUUAAGAUUACAGAAGACACUACAUUGUGGAUGCACGAUCAAGUUAGAGACAUGGGAAGACAAAUUGUGAGACAAGAAAGCCUUUUGGAUCCUGGCAUGCGUAGUAGACUGUGGGAACAUGAUAAAAUCAUGAAUGUCUUCAAGGAUGAAACGGGGACAAGAUGUAUACAAGGCAUAGUUCUAGAGGGUCUAGACACUGACUGGAAAAUGAAUUCUCCAAGAGAUCUAACCGGUGACAUAAUUUCUUGGAGCAACUUUCAAAGUAGCCCCAGUUUUACCUCUGCAGCUACAUACUUAAAGGAAAGAUACAAAGUAUAUCUUCAAAAUCAAGCAGAGAAAAAGAAGCAGGUUACAGUUCACUCUAAAGCCUUCAGAGCUAUGGUCAAUCUUAGACUACUUCAGAUUAAUUAUGUGAAGUUGGAAGGAAGCUUCAAAUUUCUUCCUCCUGAAUUGAAGUGGUUGCAAUGGAAAGGUUGCCCUCUGAAAUGUCUCUCUUCUGUUCUUUUUCUUCGGCGACUUGCUGGCCUUGAUCUUACAAAAAGCAAAGUUGAAUCAUUAUGCAGCGGUCAGUGGAAUAAGGUGGCUGAGACAUUGAUGUUCCUGAAUCUAAGUGGCUGCAGUCUGUUAACUGCUAUUCCUGAUUUAUCUGGGAAUCAUGCCUUGGAAAAGCUUAUUCUUCAGAAUUGUGUUGGACUGAUCAGGCUCCAUGAUUCGGUUGGGAAUUUGAAGACACUAGUCUACUUGAGCUUGGAAGGGUGUAGAAACCUUGUUGAAUUUCCGAGUGAUGUCUCCGGCCUGAGAAAACUUGAGAACCUGGUCCUCUCUAAUUGCUCACAAUUGAAAAGACUGCCAAAAAACAUUGAAAGCAUGGUAUCACUAAAAGAGCUUCUCCUUGAUGGAACUUCUAUUGAAAGUCUUCCAGAAACUAUAUUCCAUCUGACAAAACUUGAAAAGCUCAACUUGAACCGGUGCAGGGACUUGAAAGGGCUACCUGAGGAGAUUGGUAAGCUGAGUUCAUUGAAAGAAAUUUCCCUUAAUGAUUCUGGUUUGGAAAAGCUACCUGAUUCCAUUGGCUCUUUAGCGAACCUUGAGAUACUAAGUUUGUACCGGUGUAGUUCACUGACCAUUAUUCCUAACUCCCUUGGUAACCUCAGUAACUUAAUGGAGUUUUUUACAUACGGUACUCCAAUUGAAGAACUGCCACUGAGUUUUGGUUCAUUAUUGAACUUAAAGACAUUAUCAGUCGGACAUGGUCAUUUUCUGCAAACACUACCUCAUUCCAUUGGAGGACUACAAUCAUUAGUUGUGUUAAAGAUAGAGCAGACAUCAAUCGCAGACCUCCCACAGGAGAUUAGUGCCUUGAAAACACUUGAGAAACUUGAGCUCAGGAACUGCAAAUUUCUUAAAUCAUUGCCAGAGUCAAUUGGAAGCAUGAGGGCCCUGACUUCUAUUAUUAUAACUGCAUCAGAUAUCACCGUGUUGCCUGAAUCCAUAGGGAUGCUGGAAAAUCUCACCAUGUUACAGUUGAACAGGUGUAAACAGUUUCGCAAGCUUCCUGCAUCGAUAGGACAGUUGAAAUCCUUGCAUCGAUUGCAGAUGGUGGAAACUGCAGUGACAGAACUACCUGAAAGCUUUGGAAUGCUUUCUAGUUUGAUGGUUUUGAACAUGAGGAAGAAGCCACAAGAUGGGGGACCUGCAAAAGAGAAGUUUAUAUUUCCAGCUUCCUUCUCAAAUCUGUCCAUGCUGUACGAACUGGAUGCCCAUGCUUGUAAUAUAUCUGGUGAAAUUUGUGAUGAUUUUGAGAAGUUAUCAUCACUUGAAACUGUGGAUCUCAGCCGUAAUAGUUUCUGCCGCCUUCCAGCCAGCCUGAGUGGCAUGUCCGUGCUCCGAGAGCUUUUGUUGCCUCAUUGUAGACAGCUUAAGUCUCUGCCUCCGCUUCCCUCAAGUCUGAAAAAGGUGGAUGUUGCAAACUGUAUUGCGUUAGAAAGUAUCUCUGAUAUUUCAAACCUGGAGAACUUGACAGAUUUGAACCUUACAAAUUGUGAGAAACUUGAGGAUAUUCCAGGUCUUGAAUUUUUGAAUUCCUUGGAAAGACUCUUUAUGAGUGGUUGCAAUGCUUGCUCGUCAGUUGUUAAGAAAAGACUUGCAAAAAAGAGCCACUUGAGGAGAAUGCGGAGUCUUAGCAUGCCUGGAAGCAAGGUACCAGGUUGGUUUUGUCAAGAUGUGAUUGCAUUCUCAGAACGGAAAAACCGCGUUCUUAAAGAGAUAAUUAUAGGUGUUGUAGUUUCUCUCAACCAUCAAAUUCCAGAUGACCUAAGAGAAGAACUCCCUGCUGUGGUAGAUAUUCAAGCAAAGAUCCUCAUACUGGAUUCUCCUACCUUCACUACAACAUUGGUCUUAACGGGAGUUUCCAAUUCAAAUGAAGAUCAAUUUUACUUGUGCAAGUAUGGAAUUAAUAACCCUUUGGUAUCCCAAUUGAAGGAUGGUUACACGAUACAUGUACAGAGGAGAGAGCCACCAUAUGUAAAAGGGGUGGAGUUGAAGAAGUGGGGGAUUCAUUUGGUGUAUGAAGGUGAUGAUGAUUACGAGGGAGACGAAGAGUCACUAAAGGAAAGCCAGCAAUCCCUUUCAGAAAAACUGGUCAGGUUCUUUGGCUCUUUUGAUGACGAAGAAGCUGACUGCAGCAACUCCACUCUAGGACAAGGUGAUUGCACCUCUGAAAUUCGACCUAGCGAAGAUGAUGGAAUGGCACAAGAAAUUGGAGAAAGUGAACACAAAAUAUGGCUGUAUGAUCGCCAUUACUUCAUUUUUUUCUUCCUGGUGCUUUCCCUUGGCUUUCUUUUGUUGAGUUGGUUGUAUCUGUGGGUGUAAAAUCAUGACUUGUGCCCUUCUUUUCAUUUGAAUGCAUGGGAAUUAAGAGUUCAAAUCUCAUUAUCAAAGU